AUGCCACGUGGCAAUUCAAUAAUCCAAUUCCUUUAUCCAUCAACAUUCAAGAUAAGCCCCCUCCCAAUUCACAUCCUCAGUUCGACCCUUUCUUCCUUCAAUUCAGAAUGGCGGCUUCCGUCUGCGCGUCGCCUACAAUCGCCGCCGUGGCUCUCUCUUCCACCAGUUCCCGGUUAAAGGCUAACAAUCCUUUCCUCGCCGGGAGAAGAGUGGAGACGAGAAAGUUAGCUGCUCCGGCCGCCACGUCGUCGAGAUCGUCUACAGUGCGUGCGGUGGCGGCCGAUCCCGGCAGACCCAUCUGGUUCCCUGGCAGCACCCCUCCUCCCUGGCUUGAUGGCAGCCUCCCUGGAGACUAUGGUUUUGACCCUCUUGGUCUUGCAUCUGAUCCGGAAAGCUUGAGAUGGAACCAGCAGGCAGAGAUUGUGCAUUGCAGAUGGGCAAUGUUGGCCGCGGCGGGCAUUUUCAUCCCGGAGAUGCUCACAAAGGUUGGGAUUCUGAACACUCCUUCGUGGUACACCGCCGGCGAGCAACAGUACUUUGCCGACACGACGACUCUCUUCGUCGUCCAGCUGGCACUCAUCGGUUGGGCAGAGGGGAGGCGGUGGGCAGACAUAGUGAAGCCGGGCUGCGUGAACACGGAUCCCAUCUUCCCCAACAACAAGCUCACCGGAACUGACGUGGGUUAUCCGGGCGGGUUAUGGUUCGACCCGCUGGGUUGGGGAGGCGGGCCCGGUUCUUCCCCGGAGAAGAUCAAGAAGUUGAGAACCAAGGAGAUCAAGAAUGGGAGGCUAGCCAUGUUGGCUGUCAUGGGUGCAUGGUUCCAGCACAUAUACACAGGAACUGGACCUAUUGAUAACCUCUUGGAUCACCUGUCUGAUCCUGGUCAUGCCACUAUUUUCGCUGCUUUCACCUCCAAGUGAAGCUGGAUGGGAGAAGCCAUCAAAGAGAUCAUCUUGUCGCAUCGGAGAACGCGGCGUCAUAAUCAGAGCAAGAAGAUGACAGCUAUGAUAACAAUGGUGUUCUUUUAGACAAUGAAAUCUGGUUUAUAACAUAUUAUUAUGCUGUGUUUUGUACAAAUAAAAGUACUCUAUAUAUUAUACAAGUAUAAAUUAGAAUAUACUCCCUCCCACCUUACCACCUAAGUAUAUGUGGUUUAAGUAUAUUUUCACUCCAUAAUUUGAUCAUACGAUGAAAUUACGUUUGGUCGCCCAAAUGUGAUCCCAACUUUCUCAAGAACACAUCAAAUAUUAUGGAGUAAAAAUGUUCUUUGUAU